AACCCUGGCGAAUAGCUGUCUACGAAACAGCUGCUUAGUUUUAAAUAUUUUUUAUUGAUUAAAUACUAGUUAAUUAGCUUAAAAUUAGUGUGAUUGUAUCGAUGUAUUUAAAAUAAGUGUGUAACAAGUGAAGUUUGAGCCUCAAGACAAGUUUUUAACCAAAUUGAUGAGGUUGAAAUUGGAACCACCUAUAACCUGUCAAACUUCAAAUUUCCAACGAAUUAUCAGGCGAGUAUUGUGUAAAAUUAUCUAGUUUUCCCUCCCUUUAGCCUUUAUACUUAGUUUAAAUUAAGAUAUUCUAACUUUCUUUGCCGUUUUACUUUCCUUUUCUUUCUAAUAAGUAGGUAUUUAACUUAGUUUUUUAGUUAUUUUUAUUUCUCUUCUCAAUCUCAUCUUUACUAUUUAAAACCUAGUAAGUAACUUAGUUUAUCCUAAACUAAACUGUAGUCUCCCUGUCCCGUCUCAUUGUUUAAUUUCAAAUUUUACCACAAUACAUAGGAUCAAAUUGUUCAAACAACAUUUUAUAAGUAAACUUUUUAUUUAGAAAUAUUCCCUUCUAACAUUACCUGCUCCCCAUCCCUGUAGUCUAGUAGGUAGUCCUGGUUUAGGAGUUUAGGAAUAGGGAAUUAAAUCCUUCUAUGACUUGUGUGCUCGGUUCACUUGACUUAUAUGUGGAAGUGAAUUUGAAUGCCUGUACUUGUUACAUAGAUAACUAACAAAACAUCCUUUUAUUAGACUAGUCAACAAAAUAACUAAAUUAGGUAUUUUUAGCUUACUCAAAGUAUUAUAUUAUUAUUUAGAAAAUAAUAACAAUUCAUUAGUGAAAAUCAGUUACAAUUUGAAUUCUACUACUACCAAAUUGCUUAUAAAUUAUCAGUAACUUCAUGAAUAAACAUUUGUUCUGUAACUAAAACCCUGAAAAAUAAGCCCUAUCUGGUGCUCUGACUAUUCACCCCAUAUCCUAUACCGAUAUACUACCGUAGCACCCCGUGUUUUUUCAGACAAAACCAAGAUGAUGUCCCGAAGCAAGGCACAUACCCGUGACCUGGAACUCCGGCUGAGGACAGCCCUGGAGGACCUCAAAGCAUCCCGUGAACUGACCGACCAACUCAUGAAGGAACGGGAUGAAAAUGAAAUGGAAUUUGAGUGCAUCUUAAAAAAGAACACAGUGCUAAAAAACCAAUUAGUAGAACAGGAUAUCCAGUACCAAGAUCUGCAAGGCAAGUGUGAUGAGCUCAAUGGUCUACUGAGGUCAUACCAGCAGUGCCAGAACAUCCAUGAAGCUACUCUGUCGCAAAUCCACAGCCUGGAACAACAGCUGGCUGAGGCCAACGGAGAGCUCCAAAGACGGAAUGAAGAGCAAGAGCGGGAUGAAAAUGAUAAAACCAUCGCUUUGUAUGAGGAACUGAUCAACUCACAAUGUAAAGCAGUACCUACCAUAGACCUCACUACACCUUGCAAAGAACCCUGCGAACACAAAGUGACACCCAAGAUUAUCGGUGCGAAUAAACUGAAAAAAUACUGUAAAAUCAACAGAUCUAUAAAGAGAUGUCAACAUACUUUGAGAAAGUUACAAAAACCAAUGAAAUCUAUAAAAGAAGAAAAUGUUAGACUUGGACUACUGGUCCAUAAGUAUGAGAAGGAUAUUUUAGUCCAUAGGCAGGACCUUUCGGAAUGCAACAGCUACUACGAGAUGAACAUGGCAAUGUUGCAGCGCAGACUGGUCAACUUAGAGUCUGCCCUAAAUAGUACCUGUACGCCAUACUCUGGGGAUAAAACCACCAGUCCCCAGAUGUCGGCACCUCUUUCGGGGUUCAACCAGAGUGCUUCACCUGAACAGCACCAGCAGCCAGCAGACAGUGUCCUACCAACUGACACUCAGCUACAUCAGCUGCCAUCUGCCUGCCCCCCUGAUGAGAUUCAGCCACCUACUACAACCUGCAACAACGAGCCCGCCGUCGCGACGAGUAGUGUCCUACUAACUGACACUCAGCUGCCACCAGCCUGCACUCUUCAUGUGAACGAGCCAGCUAGUACAGCCUGCAACGACGAGCCAGCUACUACAGUCUGCAACGACGAGCCAGCCGUCCCGACGAGCAGCCCGUCACCGUGCGACCGGUCCGAGAUUGCCCUGUCUUCAACACCGAGUACCUGCCUGCUUCGAGAAGCUCCUAAUGAGACAAUUGUCUUCUCAGAUAAGCUAGGUAGCAAAAUGGGUCACAUGUUAAAUGACUAUCUUAAACAAAAAGUCAUUAAUAUGUGUAUGCCAGGGGCUUCUUAUAACCAAAUUGUAGAUAGAAUUUUGUCAGGAAAAUACAGUGCAAACACUACAUUAGUAUUGUUAAUUGGAAACAGCUUAGAUGUGACAGAAAAUGACUUAAUAAGAUGCUAUGACGCCCUUUCUACCAUGGAAAUCAAGAAAACGAUAAUCUGUGCCUUUCACUAUUCCGCUUCACGGUCUCAUAAGCAGAACACUCAGAUACAUGAGUUAAAUAUGUUGAUAUUUAACAUGACAUUUGGUCAUAGGGAACAGAUGAUGUAUUUCGAUACAAAUAAAUUUAUUCACAAUUUUAUUUUGACCAAGAGUACAUUAUUUGUACCUAAGUUUUAUAAGCGACAGAUAGCUAAAUUGUUAGCUUACAAUAUUUAUGACCCUGUUAUAAGUAGUAUAACAGAAGUAGGACCAACUGAUACGAUAGUUAGUAGUAAUACUAAUGUAAAUUUAAACUGCCAUGCACGACAAGAGAUGAGCAACUGAGAGUUGUACACCAGAAUAUUCAGGGGCUUUCUC